AUGACCGAAGAAAAGCCAGAGAACCAUAUAAAUUUGGAAGUAUGUAUCGAUAGUUUUGAAUCGGCUGAAAACGCAAUAGCUGGCGGAGCUGAUAGACUUGAGGUUUGCUCUUCUUUGCAACUGGGAGGGCUAACGCCAUCAGUCGGAUUCGUUUCAGUACUCCGUUACAAAUAUCCUGAUACUCCACUUUAUUGCAUGAUUCGCCAGCGCCCUGGUAAUUUUGUGUAUACAGAAGAUGAAAUGAGUGCGAAUAUGGAAGACGUAGAAUGGCUGAAAAAAGCAGGUGCAACCGGAUUUGUUUUUGGUGCAUUAACAACAGUAGGAACUCUGGAUCGAGAAGCAUGUGACACGAUAAUCACCACUGCUCGUCCUCUUCCAGUUACUUUUCAUCGCGCAAUCGAUGUUGCCUACGAUUGGAAAAGUUGUCUCGAAGAAGCGAUCGAAAUUGGUUUCAAAGCAGUUCUUACUAGUGGUCAGGAACCCUCCGCACUCGACGGUGUUCACAUUAUUCGAGAGAUGCAAGAACUAUACAAAGAUAAAAUUGAUAUUCUAGCUGGAUGUGGUGUUAACAGUUCAAAUGUUGCUAAUCUUGUGGAAUGGACCAAAUGUCAUUGGUAUCAUGCAUCUGCGUCGGUUCUGAAAAAGAAUGUGCCGAUGAACAAAGUUUCAAUGGGAAAGCAGGACAAUCAGCCGACUCGUGUCACCACUGUAGAAGAGGUUCGAAUGCUGAAAGAGACGUUGGCUCCAGUCUAA